AGUGAGGACAGUUUAGCGUUAGCCGUCGUCGUGAUAGGUUUCCGUUUUUUCUGUGUUCUUACGGUUUUUCACGCUAGUUAUUUUUUACAGAGAAAGAAACAUAUGUCGCUUUCAAAAUAAAAGGAAAGAGAAAAUAUACAAAAGACGGAGAAACAAUAAACGUAAUAAAAGAAAGAAAAAAACCUAACAAAAUAUUGUAAUAAAUAAAUAAUAUAUUUACUUAGAACGCGUAAUAUACACUUAUAAAAGCCUCCUGGAGUAAUGUCGGGGAACGUGUACGCAUAGCGCGCGCGCGCGCGCGUGUUUAACCGCGCGAGACGAAGAGACACGUAAGUGUUGCGAGAGAGAAAACGCUUACUUCUCCUCCUUCUCUUCAUCGACGUCGUCGUCGUCGUCGUCGUCGUGUUGUCAUGGGUACUGUGUGUUGUGAUGGGGUUUUAUAAAAAAAAAAAUUUAAUUUCAAUUUUUUCUCUCCUUUUCACCAAAAUAUUUUUCACUUCAUGAAAAGAACCUAAUCGAAAUUUUAUCCUAGAUUACUUUUUUCUUUUUUCUUUUUCUUUUUUAAAAAAACAAAAUAAGAAAGAGAAAGAUUAAAACUAGUUGAUAGUGUCUCUGUUUAGUAGUUUAUUAGUAGUGUUACGACGUGCUUCUUCAGAGACAUACAUAUAUACAUACUCGUAUAACACGAGAAAGGUACAGAAUAAAAACGGUUGAGAGGGAGGGAAGGAGUAAGAGAGAAAGAGAAAGAGAAGAACAAGGAAAGAGAAAGAAGAGAGAAAGAAAGAAAGAGAAGACGAUAAUGCGGACUUGGUGUUUCCGCCUAGUUCGACACAACUUUGUCGACAAAGACAACGACGACAACAAUCCAGACGAAUUUCGACGAAUUUAUUCGUGAUUCGGUAGUUAUCGAUUUAGAAGAAGAUGAACGAGAUAACGUCGUGUUUGUUGUUCAGAGUUUGUUUAGGUGUAAUUUUAUUAGCUUUUGUUGAUGGAACAACGUCAUCCAACCUAUCAGAAAAACUUAUUAGACUAUCGAAUAAAAAUGAGGAUUCGGAAUCAUCGUCAUGGAUUGUAGUUAAUCCAGUUCAAGAAAAUCAAGAAGAAGAACAAGAAAAUAAAGGUGAUUUGAAGCAAAUCAAAGAUUUCAAAGUAUCUGAUUUCGAAAAUGAAAACUAUAAGUCAAAAGAAUCAACAAAAGAAGAAAAAGAAAAAGAAAAAGAAGAAGAAGAAAAAGUACAGACAACAAUUCCUACAAUGAUUAACAAUGAAACGAACGUAGACAUAUUAGAAGAGUUAGAAAAUGUUAGCAGUAUUGCUGUUACAACUACGAUAGAAUCAACUUCUUCAUCUCCAUUUUUGGACAAUGAAUUAGAAUCGUUCGAUCGUAUGGAAAAACAAAUCUUAGAUAAAUAUAACGAUGAAAAUGAUAAUUUAAACAAUACGAAGAAUGUAUCCUUGCAUUCGAAUGAAACUAAAUCAACAACGAAUGUACCAGAAUCAACAUUACCUGUAUCAUCGUCAUUGUCCUUGCUUAAUAUAAUUACUGAUAAGAAACAACUGGAGUUAACUGAAGCUAAUUUCAUUACUGCUUCGACAAUAAGAGAUACAUCGAUUUACGAGAACACAAUUGGUCGAAAGGAUUCUGAAAAGAAGAUAAUCGUAACCGAGCCUUCUGUUGUUUUAGAGAAUAGUAUUCAACAAUCAGAAGUAUUUGGAAAUAGUUUUAAAACUAGUAACAAUAGUUCAAUGAUCGAAUCAACUAGCUCUGUAUCUUUGUCAAAUAGCAGUACAUCAACCGAAUCUUCAUCUAUUGGAACUUCCACAAUUGAAACUCUGACAACAAGAACAUUCGUUCCAUAUAUCCAAUCGGAGAGCAACGAUCCUAGCGAUUUAACAGGAAAUAAAAUAACAGAAAGUGUUAGCUCAAAUACAGUUGUAUCAAUGACCACUGUUGUUACCAGUGAUUCCUCAGUUUUAGAAAUGAGAACUACCGAAGAGAAUAAUUCAACUACCAAAGAAACUUUUACCGAUGAUAAUUAUUCGACAAUUGGUACUGGUGAUACCGAUUUUUCAACGGAAACUACGUUAGAAUCAUCUGAUCAAUCUUCCGUUAACCCAACAACUAGUUCCUCAUCUUAUUCCAAUAGUACGGUCGAAUACGAAUUUGUUGGAUUAACGGAAAACAGUAGUAACACGAUUGCAACGACAACUUUGAUUCCAGAAGAGACUUUAUCUGUAGUUCAAGAACAAACGGGUGUUAAUAUCACUAAUAAUGUGUCAGAUUUAAUUGAAAGUACAAGAAGUUUGUCCGAAAUUGCAUCAUGGUCUAAAUCUAUCUCAGUUGAACAUACUUUACCUGUUACAUCUUCAUCAAAAACGAUUAUUACCAGCAGCAGUAGUACACCUGGAAGUACAGAAAACAACAUGAUGAUCAGUGUUGAAAGUACUACUGAAAGUUACGACGCAACACCACUCGUCAAUGUUGUUACCCUAGAUCUUCCAACUAGUACUUUCAUUACAACCUUUCGUGACAAAUUACCAACCGGUAAGAAAUCUAUUGAUACCAUUCCAACAACUUCUAUUACCAAUUUGGAUACCUUACCACCAGACGAAAUUACUUCUCUGGUUAGGAUAGUACUUGAGGGUACUAAAAAAGACGUUUGUCCACGUCUUGAAGAACUUCGACAAUUUCUUGCUAAUAUUUUAUCCAAUGGUUUAGAUAAAGUCAUCCAGGGGAAACAAGUUCGAUUUCAUAGGAACCCAUGUACCGAUUCAACAGACAGUUCCUCAACAAAUAAUUCAUCCUCUGAGGAAUCCGUUUUUACAAUAUACGUUUACAUUGUUAAUGAAAAUGGUAGAUUCGAUGCUGCCAUGACUAAGAUAUUACCAAAUUUUUAUAAAACACCUGUUUCGAAUUUUCCAAUAAUUAUACGAAGUUUUGCACUAGUACAGGAAAGAGAUUCUAGCAACGCAAUAGCUGUUGUUGUGGUUUCUUCAGUAGCAUUCAUCUGCCUACUCCUUCUUGCUGGCCUUCUGUUUGUUAUGAGAAAAAGACAAACGAGAUUCAAUUAUGGGGAACGAUGUCGACCUGUAUCCUUGGAUGCCUAUAGUUUGGAUAGUGUAUCUGCUUAUAAUAGUGUUAGACGAAAAGGCGUUGCUAGAUCAUCGAAAAGAAGUUAUGGUAAUCCUGCUUUUGAAGAUUCAAGUGCAGUUCCAUCUCACCCAUUAAAUUUCACCGGGCUUACUUCUUUUUCAAACGACGUCGAUGCCAUAAAUGAAGAAUUUUUAGGUAUACCACAAGUUUCUUCUAAGAUGGAUGAGCUUCCUUCGGGCGCUGAAGUGAAAAAUAGAUACGCGAAUGUGAUUCCACUUCCAGAAAGUAGAGUACCAUUGAAAAAACUCAACGAUGAUCCUCUUUCAGAAUAUAUUAACGCCAGUUACGUUCGAGGUCCCAAAAAUGCAAUAAAAUAUUACAUUGCAUGUCAAGCACCUUUGGAUACAACAGUUACUGAUUUUUGGCGUAUGAUUUGGGAACAACAAUCCAAAGUGAUCAUUAUGCUGACUGAUCUUGUAGAAAAUGGAGUUGAAAAGUGUACCGAAUAUAUACCACCGUCUGAAGUGACCGAUUGUCAUAGAUUGUAUGGUGAUUUUCAAGUGACAUUAAAGAAGCGAGAAACCAAAGAGAAAUAUGCAAUAUCAACGUUACAUUUGAAAAAUUUAGAGAAUAAUACGUUCAGAGAAGUAUACCAUAUUUGGUACUUAUGGCCAGCUAGUGGCGUUCAAACGGACGGUGCCGGACUUAUCGCUGUACUUCUCGAAGCCAGAGCUCUUCAAAGAGGUGGUCCAGGGCCUAUAGUGGUCCAUUGUAGUCCUGGUACAGGUCGUACAGGAACACUGAUAGCAUUAGACCUGGGAAUUAGACAGUAUGAAAUAACGCGAACGGUAGACGUACCAAGAGUGGUUUAUACGAUAAGAAGAGAUAGAGCUGGGGCUGUGCAAACUAAAGAACAGUAUACUUUUAUAUACAAGGCAUUAAAUUUAUAUGCAACCAAACUUGCUGGAGGUAUGCUGGAAUCAACCUAAACCGACAUCAAUAAAUUGUUUUCGGUUUAAUUUGUAAGAAAUUGGGGCGAGUGCUACAAAAAAAAAAAUAUUUAAGACUAAUUUCAUAAUAAUCUUUAUCGUUGUUUUUUUUUUCUUUUUUAUAUAAUUGAAAAAACAGACGGAUAGAAAAUUUUUUUUAUUCCAGUUUAACUGGAAUGAAAACAAAAGCAAAGAAAAUAUAAAUAUAGAUUAUUAACGAGUAUUAAUGUUUCGAUCGGUAAUUAAUGAUCGAAUGAAAGGCUGAAUAAUACUUGUGAUAUGUGGACCAUUCGUUGAUAUUCAUUAUAAUAAUGCAUAUUUAUACAUAUAUAAAUGUAUAUAUAUAUAGAUAUAUACGUGAUUUAUCUAUCGCGUUAUAUUUUUUAUUACUUACGGCCGUUUCAAUGAAUACAACUUUUUAUCUGCUUUGAUAAAAAUUACUGAAAUCUCUCUUUGGUGAAAGUAUUCAGUAUUAAGGCAUUAUAUUUUUAUGCUUGAAAGCAAGAUCGAAAAAGAAGACAAAAAGUUUUUUUUUUUUGGGCAAGUAGUAUUUAAAAAAAUACAAUGCUACAAAAAUUGACACAGUUAGCUUCAAUUUGUUUUUGAAGAGAUAAAAUAUAGAGGUGUAUUUAUAAGCUAGAUAUCAAAAUUUAUUUAUUUUUUUUGUUCUCAGAAUGAUAUCUUCACACUACUAUUGUUUUUCUUGUGUGUAUUAGAUUUUUCAUAUUUUAAGAAGCAAGCUUAUUGUGCAACCCUAGACGAUGCGCUCUCUUUUUUUUCCAAAUUAAUUAAAACAGAGAUUGCAAAGGCAUUUCGAAUUUAUUGACGUCAAUGUGAAUAUAUUUUACCUUCUUUUUCUUUUUUUCGUUGUUAUUAUUGUUAUUGUUAUUGUUAUCUGUGUUUAAAGUAUAUCCCAAUUCGUAGCACAUUGCUCUCUAUAAUUGUAUAUAAGUAAUAAAGAAAUGCAGAGGCACGUUGAUUGAA